GCAAACAAGGAACAACCACAGGACUACAUACAUUUGUAAAUAGUUAUUUUCAAAAAGCAGUACUACUAGUAUACAUAAAAAUAAUGAAAAGCCAAUUAAUAGGAUUUCUUAUAAACUUUUGGAUUUCUUCUUCAAUUGCUUUGUAUUUUCAUAGUGGAGAAAGAGAAGAGAAAUGUAUAAUUGAAGAUGUUCCCAGUGACACGUUGGUAACUGGGAAUUACAAAGUACAGAGAUGGGAUAUACAUAAACAAGAUUUUCUUGAUUCUGCUCCUGGUUUGGGAAUGUUUGUGACUGUUACAACUCCUUCUGCUGAGGUAAUAUUGUCAAAACUGUAUGGGCCAAAAGCAACAUUUUCUUUUACAUCCUAUCUAUCUGGGGAGCAUAUUAUCUGUUUACAGUCUAACUCCACAAGACUUGUGGCAUUUGCAGGAAGUAGACUGCGUAUCCAUUUGGACAUUAGAGUUGGAGAACAUUUUCUGGAUGAAACUGUUGUUCGAGCCAAAGACAAAGUGAAUGAAGUUAACUUUAGACUAGAACAUCUAAUUGAGCAAAUUCAUCACAUAGCCAAAGAACAAAACUAUGAAAGAGAACGUGAAGAAAAAUUUCGGAAUAUAAGUGAACAGACCAACAGCAAUAUUUUGUGGUGGGCUGUUGCACAAACAUUUAUCCUUAUCUCCAUUGGAAUCUGGCAAAUCAAAUCUCUCAGAGAUUUCUUUAUAGCUAAGAAGCUUGUUUAAGUCUUAUGAAGUAAAUGCACAUAUUCGAAAUUUCCUACUUAUCUAAUACUUAAAAUUCAAAGAAACCAUGUACCUAUGAGCAAAUAUGUUGUAUAAAAUUCUCAAGCUUCUCUCAUUUUCUACUCUAUUUCUUACUCUAACUCUGGUUUCAGCCUCUGGCCUCCCCUUAAAUUUUAAUCCUCGAAUCCCAUCUCUUAUUAGUUUCUUUUCCUCUGCAGCUGUAAAGCUAAAUCUAGAAGACUCAAUGACUAAGGCAACUUUUAACUUCAACACAGGAUUGUUAAAUUUAAAACAGAAAUCUUUAAAAAUAAAAUCCUAAUAUUUUAAAGUUCUCUACUUGCUUAGUAAUCUUUUUCUGUACUAGCUUGAACAGGUCAGUGUUUCAGCCUGAGUAGAAUUCGGAUAGUAGGCAGAGAAAAAACUAUAUCCCCUGUGGCACUUAAUUUGGUGAGAGUUGCAUAUUGCACUGUAUGUACACUAAGUUUUCCUCAAAUAUAAUUGUGACUAUUUUCUUUUAAAAUAUUCAAAGUUUUACAUGACAGUGGAGCCUAUCUUUACUAUUAUGACCAGAAGAUGCAGCAAUUACCAUGGAAGAGACAGAGACCCAGACAAACAAUUUGGAAUUGUAGUUACUCUUUGUUCCCAGAUAAGCCCUAAACAUUAAGCUAUAGAGGGGAUCCGACCUUUUGCAGUUGUGUAUGUAAAUUAUAAUCUUUAUGAAGAAUGCCAACACAGAGCAAAUGAAAGCUUUCAUGGUAAACACUGAAUUUGUUCCUGUAUAUUAUAUUUAAGUUGUACAUAUACUAAAUUCUGCAGUCUCGUUCUAUGUUGGAGAAUCAUUUUUAUUUUAAUUAUUCAUUAACUGUAACAUGACUGUCUCAGGAACUUAGCAGUUUUUGUCUUAAUUAUGUAGUUCCAUUUCACAUUGCAGCUUGGUUGAAUAUAUUUUUAUGUCUUAAUUUAGCUAGUUUAUGUACAACUAGCUAAGUAGCUACAGCAUCAUGCAGUUACAAGUCAAAAGAAAGUGUUUAAAAAUUCAGAUAAUUAGCUUGACGUAGCAGCAGCAGUGCAAGAACGAGGUGGAGGUGAUUAUAAAAUGAUCCAUCUAACAACUUGGUUAACACAUAAAAAGACAUUCUUAAAAAAGGUCUUCCAGAGAGCACUGUGAUUGCCCUGUACUGCAUUUUGUCCUCCUAUUUGUCUUUCCAGACCCUUUGCUGGUCUAAAAGAUAGUGCAAACUGAAAUAUGUCUGGAGCAAUUAUUGUUUUAAAGGAAAUGCCUUUUUUUUUUUUCCUAUCUUCUCACCUUUUGUUUUCGUUA